UGCUGUAUCACAGUCAAGAGGAAAAGAGUAUGCAACUUUGGGCAUGAGUUGUCAUCAGAGAACAUGAAAAUGCAAAUGGAAAGAAGCAGAAGCUUUAAUUAGGGAACUUUUAGCAAUUGAGGAAUGAAUAGCACAGGGGAAAAAUCUAUUCUAGAAGAAGUACUGGUAAAGAAGUCUCAGCAGAAGAAGAAAAUCUCUCCAAAUAAUUACAAAGAGCGCUUGUUUGUUCUUACAAAAACAAGCCUCUCUUACUAUGAAUAUGAAAAGGAGAAAAAAGGAACUAGAAAAGGAUCAAUUGAUGUUAAGAACAUUCGAUGUGCUGAGGCAGUAGAUCUUGAGGAACAAACCCUUCCAGGAAGACAAUAUCCCUUCCAGAUUGUGUACAAAGGUGGCCUCCUGUACAUCUUCUCUGCAAGUGAAGACAGUCGAAGACGAUGGCUGGAGGCUUUGCAUAGAGAGAUGAAAGAUAAUACAGAUUUACUAAACAAAUACCACAGUGGUUUCUUUUCCAGUGGGAAGUUCCUCUGCUGCAACCAGACUUGCAAAGCAGCUCCUGGAUGCACAAUAUGGGAAAAAUACUCCAGCCUACACAGUGUAAGCAGUGCAGUGAAACCACUCCCACCCAUACCAGGACAACUGUGGGAAGUUGAAAAGGUUGAAAAUAUUUCUCAUUGUACUGGUUCCUCAAGCACCCCUAGCCCACAGAAAAUAGCUAUAGAGACGCCUAGCCCUUGGACCAAAAUUGUUGAUGGGUCUCAGACUGGCACUAAUCCAGAGACCACGGCUUUGAGCACCACUGCUGCAGAUGACAAUAAACUGAAAUUGGGAGAAAUUGUUUAUAACUGUUUUGGUGGCAAUGCUGCAGAAUACCUGUACAGUAUUGUAGAUUUCAUUCUGAGUGGCUUCUACAACAAAGGGGAUGUUCCCACUAGGUGA